AGGGAGCAAGAAAAGAAAAAAGCAAAUCGUUGUUUUGGUUGUGCAUCGCUGACCCAUGCUGAGCGCGUUCGGGAUUGAAGUUCCAAUUCCCGGUACCAAUGGCUUUUGUCUCUGCACUGCCAGCCACCUACAAUACAGUCGAUACGUGAAUUAGGCUUUUAAGAGCGAGUUGUCGCUCGGCCCAUUCUCGAAUCGCUAUGGCUUUGAUGAUGAUGCCGCUGCUCAAGAGCCUUCCGCGACGGCGGCGUUUUCUCAUCGCCAUCCCAGUGAUAGCAUUGCUAGUCUGGGCCUUGCUCCCUCCUUCUAGGUUCAAUUCUCCAACUACAUUGUUACACAUCAAAGGCUCAUCAGGGAUAUCUAGCGAUUAUAUAUUACAAUACGUCGACCCUCUUAUCGGCACCGCGAAUGGAGGCCAUGUAUUUCCCGGCGCAACCUUGCCAUAUGGCAUGGCAAAAGCUGUGGCGGAUGCCGACAAUCGUGGCGAGAUAGCUGCCGGUUUUGUCUCAGACGACUCGAAGAUUCAAGGUUUUUCUCAUUUGCACGACUCAGGCACCGGAGGAAGCCCCUCGUUGGGUAAUUUCCCACUCUUUGUACAUCCAGGAUGUCCGGAGGAUGACUAUUCACAAUGCAAAUUCACAUCUUUCGGGAGGGUGGUUGCAAGAGUAAAUGGCUCCGCGACAGCACGUCCGGGUUACUUCGCCAUCGGGCUUAAUAAUUCGGUCUAUGCAGAGAUGACGGCAACUGAGCAUGCAACACUUUACAGAUUCAGUCUGUCGAAAGAGGCGGAGGUCAUGUCGAAUCGUGCUAUGGUACCUACUAACCCGCUAAUCCUUCUUGACUUAAUAGACCUUGGCAGUAGUCGGACCGGAGGCGAUAUUGAAGUUAACCCUGUUACGGGCCGAAUAACAGGGAAUGGAUCUUUUAGUCCGUCAUUUGGAACCGGGAAGUAUACAGCGCACGUAUGCGCUGAUUUCAAGGGCGCCGAUAUUCGAAAGACAGGUGUCUUCGUAAUGAAUAACAUAACGGAGGGGGUUAAUGCUAUGGGAAAUCAAGGAAGCGGUUAUUACAUCCCGUCUGGCUCGGCGGGUGCUUGGAUCCACUUCGCACACCCAUCCGAUAAUCAGAUUAUGGCGCGUGUCGGGCUUUCGUUCAUAUCUGUUGAACAAGCCUGUCACAAUGUGGAGACUGAAAUCCCCGAUUGGGGGUUCGAGAGUGUGGUGAAGGCUAGCGAGAAAGCUUGGAAGGAGAAGUUGUCCGUGAUCAAGCCUGAUUAUUCUGGUAUGAGCCGUGAGUUUCUAACGACAUUCUGGUCGGGUCUCUACCGCGCGAUUAUUUCACCCCAAGACUACACAGGAGAAAAUCAGCUUUGGGACUCGACUGAGCCGUAUUAUGACUCGUUUUAUUGCAUUUGGGAUUCCUUUCGAGCUCAACAUCCUCUGCUCACAAUUAUCGACCCUGUUGUACAGACUAAGAUGGUGAGAUCAUUGAUUGAUACAUACAAACACGAAGGGAAACUACCGGAUUGCCGCAUGAGUUUUAGCAAGGGAUACACACAAGGAGGCUCCAACGCAGAUGUGGUUCUUGCAGAUGCAUAUCUAAAAAAUCUCACAGAUGGUAUCGACUGGAAUCUUGGAUAUGAGGCUGUGGUAUCGGAUGCAGAGGUGGAGCCCAAGGACUGGUCUACGACAGGAAGGGGUGGUCUCGUGAGCUGGCAUGACCUGGGAUACAUACCUUAUGAUGACGUCGACACCAACGGAACAGGUCCUAUGAGCCGAGGUAUCUCACGCACGGUAGAAUACGCAUACGACGAUUUUGUCAUAGCGCUCAUGGCACGAGGACUUGGGCAUAAAGGUGACGAAACGAAGUACCUCCAGCGUAGCCGGAACUGGAAGAAUCUUUUCAACCCCGAGCAGGAGGAUCGGUUCCGCGAUGAGGAUGGCGACGUGCAAAAGUCGGACUUCAAAGGGUUUCUGCAGCCACGCUUCCGCAACGGUACCUGGCGAUACCAGAACACGAGACUCUGUAGUCCGAUAUAUCAACAACACAGCUGUUACUUCGACACACAGUACGAGACAUACGAGGGGAGUCCGUGGCUUUACACCUUCUACGUGCCACAGGACAUGGCCUCUCUCAUAAAAGCGCUAGGAGGACGUGAAUCUUUCGUCGAACGGCUGGAUUAUUUCCACUCAUCGGGAAUUAACUAUAUGGGUAACGAACCGAACUUCCUGCCAACUUUCCAGUUCCACUAUGGCGGCCGUCCUGGUCGAAGUAGCUAUUGGGUGCAUCAGUACAUACCCAACCAGUUCAACACUAGCCUCAACGGCAUCCCCGGCAACGACGAUUGUGCCAUGGGCGCUUUCACGGCGUUCGCGUUUAUGGGAUUCUAUCCCGUAGCGGGACAGGAUGUUUAUUUGCUUACGUCACCUAUGUUCCGAGAGGUUAGUAUCCGCACGCCGACUGGCAAGCUAGCUACUCUACGUAAUGUAGGCGGGUUCGACGGCCCACGCUAUCGGAAUAUCUACAUACAGAGCGCUAGAUUGAACGGACAGCCAUAUACGCGAAAUUGGAUCACGCACGACUUUUUCGUCAACGGCGGGACGCUGGACUUUAUAUUGGGUCCUGAAGAGAGUGAAUGGGGUACGAGGGACGAGGAUCUGCCGCCCAGUUUGUCGACAGGCCUUUUAGAUUAAUUGAAUGAAGUACAACCGAAUUGUUAAGGGCGAGCGAGAAAAAUAGAAGGCAGUUUGAAAGGAAAAGAUAAGGUGGUGGGUGUGGUAAGGGACUGUAUCUAACAUCGAAGUGCGAAGAACCAUGUCGGUUGUACAUAUAGGUAAGCGGGUUAGACAAAAGCCCUCUUUUGCAUAUAUUUAUUAUACAUACCUACGAAACACAUUAUUUCUCUUGGAAUGAGAAAUGCAGCCAUACCCCCUGAACCCGACCCGAAAAGAUGGCGAUUGAUGCCAUGUACUAGGUAUACAAGGAAGGAAAAAGAUAAAGGAAAAAGAUACUCUCGAUCGGGGAAUCGAACCCCGGCCACCUGCGCGCUUGCUCGAUUGGCAAACAACGAUGACAAGCAGGUAUCCUGACCACUAGACCAAUCGAGACUUCCGCAUGACUUUGCAAACGAGGUCGGAUGAACGGGUGGAUGAAAAGAUAAUAUUUAUUGACUCGUAGGGUUGUGCGGAUGUUUGCAUAUUAUUAGAAAAGUCGCUUUUGAUGUUCAUUUCGAUAAGGUAGGG